AAACUUUGUAGUGCUUUAUAGUUUAUAUGAAGCUAUUUUUUCGAAAUUGUUUCGAAAUGAUUUGUUCGUCUUCUCACCACACAUACUAGCUAUCGAAAUAUUUCGCCAUUGUAAGAGGUUCUUAUAACACUGAUUGUGCAAUAGCGUGGAAUGGUUGAUACAAAAUACUUGUCUAUGUUGUGGGGGUAAUACAGAGGGAGAUUAUCUUGAAUAGAAGACGUCAGGUAAUACGUAUCAUGUUCCCAAUAAUUAAGAUUAUGUUAGAAUGACUAAAAAAUACUAGAUUACAAUAUAUUGGAACAUACAUGUAAGUUUUAAUAACCAGACAAAUCUAUAUUAUCUUUUUGUUAUGUCACAAUGAAUGAAUUAGUUGCUUGAAUGGUCACGAAUACGACGUAGUUGCACAUGACUAGGCAUCGUUAGAGAUGAGUGGCGCGGAAAGUCGAUUUUUAUUUCAAGUAGAUAUCACACAAAAUGCGCUUUCGUUAAUAUUUAGAGUGCAUUUUUCGAUGAUACAGGUGGUAACCAACAGCGUCAUUUAUAAUAAAAAGUAUUGUUUUAGGUAUGUGGGUACAUCACCCCCCAACGUCGGUUCUAUAAAAUAUAGCAGUGUAUCUGAAUUUAUCAUUACCCUAGCAGGUUUAUGUGCAAAUACUAUUUACCACACAUUGUGUAAAUAUGACUUCGUUUUGUGUAAUACGACAUAUAUUAUGGCUUGCGUAAUAUGACAUUCAAUGCGUAGUUUGCGUAAUAUUACGCAUGUUGAAUGUCCGUCCUGAAUGUCCAUUAUGUUUGUUUUCGAGGCGAAACUCGAGACCGCAAUAUUUUACAGCAAACAUAAUUUAGGUACGCCAAGUACUAACAAAAACCACGCCCAACGUAUCUGAUAUAUAUAUCAUCAAAUCAUACUUGAGCAAGCAAUAAAACAGAUAAAAACCUCUUCACUAUUGUCUUGUAAAGCGUAACUUGUUAUUUCAGCAGUGAAAUUUUAGGUAUAGGCUCGUGUCGUUUCAGAGAGAUCAGAUUAUUUUUGCACACCAGCUGAGCGGACACGACGAGUUGUUGAACACUGUACAGAUUGUACGAAUACAAGAAUGGGAAAAUUCAGUCGAAAUGUGGAAACACUCGUUUACAGAUUCAUCAUCAGUUUAGUGGUGGGAUUCUUUGCUGGCUCGUAUUUAAUCACUCAUUCGGACAGUAAUGCUGCCAAUCAAAAGCUCCGUCAGAUAUCAUGCAUCAGCAAAUUAUUCCCAGUUUCCUCGCCAAAAUCACCUUAUGUGGAUGAAGAUAAAACGAAAAAGACGGAAUUAAAUGUCACGCGAGGAGUGCUGUACAUUGGUAUAAUGUCAACAGCAAGAAACCGUAAUUCCAGGGUUGUUGCAAUCAUGAACACGUGGGCAAAAAAUCAGAAUAUAAAAUUGGAGAUUUUUUCGGACAACAACGGUACAAUCGGUAAAGGUUCUGGGCGAAUCACGACAUUAAAGAAUGGGGCUAAUAUUAUUCAGCUUCCCGGAGUACCCGACAACUCGUAUCCACCCCAGAAGAAAAGUUUUUCAAUGUUGAAAUUUAUUCAUGACAAUUAUUUAGAAAAGUUUGAUUGGUUUUUACGAGCUGAUGAUGACACGUACCUAAAAGUUGACAAACUGAUAAAAUUAGUUUCUCGUAUUGAUCCUAAUAAGCCCUUUGUUGUGGGAAGAGCAGGGUAUGGAAAACACGCAGAAGACUAUUUGAAGCCAGGAGAAAAUUAUUGCAUGGGUGGUACCGGCGUAUUUCUAUCACGGGAAAUGUUGAGAAGAAUCGGUCCCAAUUUAUCAGCCUGUCUGAAGGAAAUGUACACAAAACAUGAAGAUGUGGAAUUAGGACGAUGUAUACAAAAAAUCACUGGCAUGAAAUGCACAGAAUCAUGGGAGACAACUCACUUAUUUUAUCAAAAUUAUGAUAGCAGUGGCACGUACGGUUCAAAUAUUGACAAGAUUAAUCCUAGGAAAAGAGCUUCUGCAGCCACUUUCCAUUCAAACAAGGAUCCCAAAUAUCAAUACAAACUUCACAUUGAUGUAUUAAGUGACAAAUUGAACCAGUAUUUGACAAAGAUAAGCAAUUCUGAACAGGAAAUAAAUAGCAUGUCAUUGCUACUGAUCGGCAGAAAUUUUGACAUUAAGGGUUGGAACUCACACUAUGGGUGCAAAUGGGAUUACAUGUCACGACACAGUUUGUAUUCAAGUGCUUGGCCAUCUGGCGGGGGAGUUCUCACUGCUUCAAAACUGACUGCUGUAAAUAAUGUAUUCGAGACUUUACCGGAGCUAAGAAACAAAUUUGGGUUGCUAAUGACUGCACACAUUCACGAAAUUACCGUACUGCACUCACGGUAUAUUGCGAACCCUCUGACAUCAUUUGAUAUGAUAUCUACCCUUAAGGCAAUCGUGUCGAUCCACAAGAAGAAAAUUACAAUGUAUAUGAAUAAUAUUCAUUACCGGAGAACUUUUGCUAACCUGGCGACGUUUUUUAAGGAACAAAUCCCCCUCGAUAUUCAAAAUCUGAGAUUUAAAAUAUCAGAUAAAAAUCGCUUAAUUAUGUAUCCCAUAUCUCCGUUGUCGGAACGCGUAAACUUCAUUAUGGCUCUGAGUGGCCGUCCAGAAAAUCUAGUUCGUUUCUUACAAAAUUAUAAAGAUGUUUUUCUGUCAAAAGAUGAGCGUGUCAGUCUAACAGUUGUUUACUUCCCAGAAAUCUUUCAUAUAAAUUAUAAUCGUACAGAAGGACCGGUAAAUAUGGACGAUAAAACGGCUUCGAUGAUGGACGAAACAUCGGAAUUCGUACUACAAAAUCUGAAGCAUGCAGGAAAAGAAUUUCCAGGAGCUGAAUUCAAUUUCAUAAAAGUUACUGGUGGCCUUGCAUUUUCAAGAGGAGCUGGAUUGCAAAUUGGAGCCAAAAGGAUGCAACACGACGAUACAAACGAUGAACUUCUCUUCUUUUGUGACGUGGAUUUGCUUUUUUCACGAGGAAUAUUAAAUCAUAUUCGCCGAAGUACAAUUCGGGGAAAGCAGGUUUACUACCCCACAUUUUUUAGCCAAUAUGAUCCCAAUAUAGUUUACGCAAAUCAAAAACCCCCGAAGUCACAUUUUUUCAUUGAGGAAAUUGCUGGAUUCUGGAGAACUUUCAGUUACGGCAUGGUGUCAAUCUACAAAACUGAUUUUGAAAAAACAGGAGGAUUUGAUCUUUCAAUAGAAGGAUGGGGAUUAGAAGACCUGAGAUUUUGCACCGCAGUCAUUGAAAAAGCUGGAUUUGCAGUAUUCAAGAGCAAUGAACCUUCUAUGAUCCAUGUGUAUCACGACAAAAACUGCCCUGAAGAACUUAGCAAAAAGCAAUAUCAGGAUUGUCUGAAUUCACGUGCACAACAUUAUGGACCUAAAAGUUAUUUGUAUAAUGUGUGGCAAGGCAAAUUGGAACACGAAGAAGGCGAAUACGACCAUAAUGUAAAUAUUAUUUCAAAAUGAGAAGUUCAACAAGCAAAAAAUCCUAGCAGCAAAUUUGAAUCAUAAUAUAUAUAUAUAUUAUAAAUAUUUCCUGGCAUGCUCAAAAGGCAAUUCACUUUCACAUAUUUUGUACAUUCAUGGACGCGAUAUCAACCAAGUGAAUAGUGACCAUUCUUCAAAAGAAUAAAGAACGAGCUGCAUAAACCUUCUGUAUGCUGGCCUGGUCUUCUUUCGUCCACGAAUCCACAUGAUCUAAACUAAAUUUUUCUUACUGUUACUUUCCUCAUAUAGCACAAGCACUGCCAUACGAGAUACCGCUGGGUCCUUGCAAUUGCCCAUGUUUCCGGAACGUGAAAUUCGAAUCAAAGCCACUUAACUCAAGGAAACUCAUUUCUAAACUCAUAACGCUUGACAAAGUAUAGAGGUUACCUAGGUUACAGAUCUAGUUCAGUCAGACCUUGGUUUAUUUCAUCCCAUCCAGAAAGAUAGCUGUCAGUCGGUUACCGCACAUGUGCUUCAAUGUUUUGAAUCCUCAGCACAACACAAAUUCAGAUUUAAACUGUUUUGUAACCAUCGAAAUCUUUUGAUAUUUUUGAAAAUGACCAUACUUUUCGUACAAAUCGAGGAGAAAAAUUGUAGAGUUUUUAAUGUUUUAUUUUUACAAAAGUAUAUUUUUAUUUGCAUAUUUCAAGCUUCAUUCAAUACCUAGAUUUAUUUUUGAUACAUUUUUAUGCCACUUGGUUUAGCUGGAAAAUUUUUGCAUACGAGAAGAUCUUUGUACUUGUUUAAGAUAGAAACAUAUAUAUGUAUAUUAUAACAUUCGAUCAUUCCGGUAGUUCAACGUGUUAUAGGAAAAUGACAGUUAAAUUGUUUAAUAACUUACAUGUUGACUCACACGACAGCCUACAUUCAUUUCAUAAACAGCUUUCAGCUUCCGAUAAAUACAUUUAAAGACAAAUCUCAAACCCCGACUAUUUCUGUAACAAAAAAAUCAGAUUCUGAUUAGGCCCUUUAGAUAUUGUUUUUGAUUAAAAAGACAAAUUUUAAGUUUCUGUUCCUAAACAACGUAAAAACAUAAUUUAUAUAAGUUUCUUACUAAACGCAUCGGAAAGAUACUCAUCUUGCUUCACAAAUAAAACAGUUCUUUCUAUUGAAUGAAUUUAAUCGUCAAUUUUAAAUUUAUAAAAUACAAACAAAAAGAUUUUUAUAGUAUCGUGGUGAACAACGGCAAAAAAGUCUUACAGGAAAGACAAUGAUUUGUGUUGAUAAAAACUUACUUCAGUUAAAUUGUUCUGUAUGUUAGAAUCCAGUUAUGCUUCUUCUACUUUUUACGGAGCGUGAAUUAGGACUUCUUCUUUUUCUUACUCAUUAUGUUCGCCGAC